UUUGAUACGCAAUUCUGCUCUGGAAAAGCACAGUCGUUUCAGUUUCUCAGUAAGAAGCUAGCCUUGGCGAUUGACUCACUACAAACUCAACGAGGAUAUUUCGCAGAACAAGUUAAUCGUUUUUUCAAUCCUAUAUUUUCAAAGGUAUUUGUGGACAACUUCAUUGAAGUAGGCUUCUGCGUCCAAUCUCGUGCCUUUGCGCAUGCUCAUUUGACUCCAAAGAAUCGUGCUGAAAUAGAUAGAAUAGUUAAGCCAUACCAUGGCAUACUACUGCUAGAAGAUGUAUGGCCAAGUCCGGAUGCGAACCCGUCGGUAACCUUGCUUCUGAAGCAUUGUGAACCAGAUCGAUCAAUUUUAGAUAUGUCGACUGCUUCGGGAAUACCUCUUUUGCAGGUAUUUCUUAUUGUGCGUCACUUACUUUUAUGGGCUCGUGCUAUUGUUAUCUAUCCGCUAUGCAAUACAAAUGUCUACGCUUCUGCCACCUACCCGAAGCCGUUGAGAAGGGAGGCCCUCCAUGUCGUAGCGAACUUGAUGUGGCUGAAAAGCCCAAGUUCAGUAUGA